CUUGUUUGUUUUCUCUUAUGUAUGCAACCAACGCCAACUGUAGAAUCUUUGCCUUUCCCUUUGUUGUUAGAUCAUCUCUCUCUCUGAUCCUAUGGGCAAUUCAAUAUCUCCAUGUUUCCAUCCUAAUUCAAGGUCUUUGGUGAAGCUAAUCUUCUGGGAAGGAAACACAAGAAUCCUAACGGGAAAGCACAUCGCCGGCGAGGUCAUGUUUGAGUUCCCGGACAGGAUGGUUUGCCAUGCAGACUCUUUCUUCAUUGGUCACCCCAUCCCAGCUUUAGGCAUAGACGACGAGCUCAUGCCGGGUCAAACCUACUUUGUUCUUCCACUCGAUCGCUUUGCUUGCAAUGUCUUGUCGGCCUCUUCUCUCGCUGCCUUAAACUCCAGCCCUAAACCUUCUCCAAUCAACUUUGGCGACUGCCCUUUUGAGUAUAUCAAAGGGUCCAAUGGUAGGGUUUUGAUCAAGGUGGUGCCUGAGUUUAUAACAAGGUUGAUUAAUAGAAGUAGAGAAGAAGAAAUUGGGAGUCCUGGUAAUAGUUUUCUUUGCAGCACGCCGGAGUUGAAGAAGCAUUACGAGAUGCUUGUUGGGUCUAAAGAACAAGUUUGGUCGCCUAAACUUGAGACCAUCUCGGAGUAUAAAAUCAGGUUUUCACCCUGCAGGUUCAUAGGGUUGGAGUGGAAACAAAAGGAGAAGCAAUAGUGAUUUAAUUCCUAAUUAAUCAUUGCCUAUAGGUAAAGAUGUUUCCAUUGAAGGUGGAAGGAAAAAGACAUUGAUAUAAUUUUUACUUUAAGGUAGUAAUGGUUUCCACUUGUUGUACAAACAUGAUCAUAGCAUUAAUUUGUUGAGUGAUUCGUGCCCUUUAACUGUUAAUUCAAAGAAAUGUUGAAUAUAGCUAGAGAUUGUUCUAAAUUUGUGGUCAACGAUCAAAAAUAUCGAUCUUAAUUUUGCUUAUAGUUUCA